AGUAACGUGCUUGGUCUACCGGAAGUGUCGUAAGUGACCAUGACCUUCCUCUCUUAAGUCACGUACAGUCAUGUAGACGAGAUACACGGAUGAUCGCGAAAUGUAGGAGUAGAGAAAAAUCAUUUCGUAAAGCGCCCCAUAAUCUGUUUACGUUGUUUUUAGCACAAGCAGGUUGAGAGGGAACAAUGGUGAAGUAUUUCAGCUGUUCAGGCUUUCUAAAGAGCUCAUGGGACCAAGUGUUUUUGGCAUUCUGGCAGAGAUACCCCAACCCCUACAGUAAUCAUGUUUUAACUGAAGACAUCAUAUUUCGGGAAGUCACUCCAGACAACUGUCUGAUUUCCAGACGUCUCUUGACCAAAACAAGCAGAGCUCCUCGCUGGGCGGAGAAGUUUCUGCCUGCUCACAUGGCACAGAAGGCUUACAUCAUUGAGGACUCUGUAGUGGAUCCUCAGGGCAGGACCAUGACCACUCUCACCUGGAACAUCAGCCAUGCUCGUGUGAUGAGUAUUGAAGAGCGUUGUGUGUACAAAGUGAACCCUGAUAACAACAGCUGGACAGAGAUCAAGAGAGAGGCCUGGAUUUCUUCCAAGCUGUACGGCCUUUCUAGAGCAAUUCAGGAAUUUGGUCUUGCCCGGUUUAAGAGCAAUGUUACAAAGACCAUGAAAGGUUUUGAGUACGUCCUGGCCAAGAUGCAAGGUGAAACACCCACACGAACGCUGGCAGAAACCGCAACUGUGAAGGCACGAGAAACCGCACUCGCUGCCAAAGAGAAGGCUAAAGAUUUAGCCUCUCAAGCUCAAAAGAAGCAAUAUGUAUGAUGAGCGUACACACGCCUGGAGAUGACGUGGUGUCCGAACUCUCCUAGCACUUUUGAAAAGGCCCGUGCCAUUCCAUCAGGGCACACAUGUGGACGUGAGAUGCAUUUAGCCAAGAGCUGAGAUGAUCAAAUUAUGCCUGUCUGGAUUGUCAGAAUGCAUUUAAGUGAAGCCCAUGUGCUCUUCGACUGAAUUUCUCCAGUAAACUUGAGUUAAUACAACAACAUCCUCCACCUGCUCCUGAUUUUACAUGAGAUGUUAGCUUUUUUUUGAUUUGCUUAAUUUCUUAAUUUAUCUGAUUUUGUUUUACUAUUUCAAAUGUGGCCUCUCUGAAUUGUCAUAUUCACACUUGCUGAGGUCUGUAAUCUGCCUUGUUUAGCAAUGUGAUUCGUUGCUUCAAAUUGAAGUUCUAUCUGCAUUGAUGGGUCCACGGUUCCAGCAGUCAUUGCCGGCGUGAUAUCUAAAGUUCUGCAGAGGAGUCUGAUCUUAGCAGAAAGUAUUGCAGCGGAUGGACAGCAAUGUCCAAUUGCAAGUGUGAAAGUUGUCAGAACAUGUCAGAUGUUGAGUGUUGAAAGGACAAAUGCAUUUGUUUAAUAAAACGGCAAACUUACAUAAUGAUUUAUAGCUCUUAACAAUUGUUUGUGAUUAAUAGAUAUUACCAAUAAAUAUUUUCUAUCUGACAUAA